AUGGAGAUUGUGGCCCAAAGAGAUAAAGCCACCCACCUUUAUACUAUUCGAAGAAUAUGUUUACCUGGUACGAUUAUUUAUUCAGAUCAAUGGGCUGAAUAUGGGGAUAUUACAGGCUUGGGUUUUCAACAUUAUACAGUAAACCAUUCUUUAAAUUUUGUUAAUCCUGAUAAUGGUGUCCAUACGCAACAUAUUGAAUCGUAUUGGAAUAAGAAUAAAAUUUAUAUAAAAAAAAUGAAAGGCGAUAAAAAGGAAGACUUAAAUUCAUAUCUUGCAGAAUAUAUGUGGCGUGAAAGAUUCAGAGAUAGCGAGUUUUAUAAAAUAUUAGAAUGUUUGACCGAAAUGAACGAAAAUAAUUAA